AUGGCAGACCUCCUGGAUUGCCCGACAGAAAUUCUGCGUUCUAUCCUUGAGUGUCUAUCUGCGGCUCAUCUCCGCGUUCUUUGCCUUGUCAACCAAGGUUUACGCGAAGUCGCCGAGCCUUUACUGUACGUUAGGAUUGAGUUGGUAUGGAAGAGAGCUCGACCUCCUCCAAUCAUCCCGUUGAUACAAAGCCUUCAGCGACGGCCUUCGUUGGCUAAUUAUGUCCAAAAUCUUACUCUCAAUGCGCCCUUCGAAGCAUCUCUCUCUGGGAGAGUUGUCAUCAAAGACCCGGAUGGUUUCCAUAGCAGCAAACUCCCUCACAGCAUUUCUGUGGAUAGCUCUGAGUUUGCCACCCUUGCUACGACGAUUCAAGACAUCGACCCGCCAUUUCGUGACUUAUGGAUACAAGAGCUCGGAAAUGGCGUAAUGGAUGCCUUCGUUAUACUGCUGCCAUCAUUAGUCCCGAAUUUAACGCAUCUACGUCUGACUGGCAUUUUCGCUAGAGAGAAUCGCUUGCUUGGUAUGCUGCUGAGAGCUUCCCUCUGUCAGACUUCGCAUUGCGAGCUUCCACGAUUCCAGUAUCUGCAGGAAGUUGAGUUUGAUCCCAAGCUGGACCCUUUUCGAGAUUGGAAGACUAAGAAUACAGCGGACGUUCUUCCACUGUUUUACCUUCCCUCUGUCCAGUCGAUAUCAGUUGAGGUUGACAACCCUGUCACAUUUUCGUGGCCAACACAUAGACCUAGCCCAUCCAAUAUCACGGCGUUAGAUUUACAGAUCUUACGGGAAGGUCUCCUAGGUUGCAUUCUUGCUGUAACAGAAAAUCUGAAAACGCUCAGGUGGGAAUGGGGAUAUGAGCCAAAUUUGAUGAACGAGUUUAACAACCAUGUCAUUGAUCUUGAUCAGAUUGUCAUGGAUUUAUCCCUUGUUCAAGAUACAUUGAUAAAUCUGCAUCUACUGGCCACAGUCCAACCUGAGCAUCAUGAUUACCCUGUUCUGGAAAUUAAAGGCUCUUUAAGAGGCCUGAAGAACUUCAAAAAAAUACAAAAAUUGGAAGCUCCGCAGUUGUUCUUAAUCGGAUUUUCUUCAGACGACAAUUUGGGUGGUCUCGAAGAUUUACUGCCGAAGAACAUCUACCACCUGACCAUCAAUGAUGAUAUCGUAUUCCUGGAAGAAAAUGUCUGGCAAGACCGCGAUCUUUUCGCCAUGCUUCAGCACUGGUGGGAUAAUCUUACGCCUUGCACUCCUCAUUUUCAUAGUUUCGAACUGUCACUUCUAUGCACAGAUGACGAAUGGUGCGCCGGUAUCAGAAAUGAGCUCUCAGAACUAUGUGCUCGACAUGAAAUCCGACUUGAUAUUUUCAAGAGAUAUAAAGAUUUGGAUUAA